AACGGCCCAUUCAAGACGGCCGACUCCUGGAUUAUCGCAGCGGAUGGAUCCAAGGUCAGCUACGCCGGCGUGAACUGGCCCGGUGCUGAGAUGACCAUGGUCCCCGAGGGUCUCCAGUACCAGUCCAUCGAGACGAUCGUGACGAGGAUCCAAAGCCUGGGCAUGAACUCGAUCCGCCUGACUUACGCCACGGAGAUGAUCGACCAGAUCUACGAGAACGACAUGGCCGACAUCCCCAUCGUGACGGCCUUCACGAGUGCCCUGGGCGUGGAGAAUGGCACCGAGAUAUUCAACCAGGUUGUCGCGAAUAAUCCGUCGUUCAACAACGAGACCACGCGGCUACAGGUCUACGAUGCUAUUGCAGCGGAAUGUGCAAAGCACGAUAUCUUCGUCCACCUAGACAACCACGUAUCCAGAGCAUCGUGGUGUUGUGAUCCAUUCGAUGGAAACACUUGGUGGAAUGAUGCGUACUUCUCGCCUUCCAACUGGACACGCGGUCUUUCAUAUAUGGCAACCCACGGCAAGCAAUGGCCAAACCUCAUGUCUAUGUCUCUCUACAACGAGCUCCGACCCCCCUUCAGCGAGUCCAACCCCGACUUGCUAGAGGCAUACACCUGGGAAGUCUGGUACGAGCAAAUCAAGCGCGGCGCCACCGCCAUCAGCCUCGCCCACCCGGACGUGCUGAUCUUCCUCUCCGGCCUGGGCGGCGACACCGACCUGCGCCCCGUCGUGAGCGGCGAGCCCCUCGAGCCAGGCACCGCCCCCUUCGACCUGGCCGACUUUGCCGGGUCCGAGGACAAGCUUGUGCUCGAGCUGCACAGCUACGACAUCGUGUCGCCCGUCACGGACUGCCCUAGCUAUCACGAGGGGCUCGUCGAGGCGGGCUACUCGGCCGCCCAGCGGAGCGACGACGGCAAGAAGAGCAGCAGGAAUGGGAAUAGUACCGCGACAAACCGUUUCCCGGUCAUCAUGACGGAGUGGGGGUUCACUCAGGACGCAACGACGUGGAAGGACGGCAUGUAUGCCAAGUGUGUGCAAAAGUUCCUCGGCGAGGAGUUCCCAGGGACCGGGUGGAUGAUUUGGGUGAUUGGGGGAAGUUACUAUACCAGGCAGGACAAGCAGGAUGCGGAUGAGUCUUGGGGCUUGCUAAACCAUGACUGGUCGGACUGGCGGUCGCCGGAAUUCAUCGAGGGUGGAUUGAAGCCGCUGGUCAGAAAGACCUUG